AUGGUCUCACUACCUCACAAUUGUCAACCUAUUAGACUUAAAUGGAUCUAUAAAGCCAAGAGGAACCCAUAUGGAGAAAUCAUCAAACACAAGGCUCGAUUAGUGGCAAAGCUGUAUGUUUAGAGGUAUGAGUUUGAUUUCACUAAUGUCUUCUCUCUAGUUGCUAAACUUGAAAUCAUUUGACUUCUUUUGUCAAUGGUGGCUCAAUUUAGAUGGAAUGUCCACCAUAUGGAUGUCAAAUCUACCUUCUUGAAUGGCGAAAUUUAAGAGAACAUCUGUGUCACAACUAAAGGGGUUGAAGUCAAGGGCAAGGAGAACUUAGUAUACAAAUAUCAUAAAGCUUUGUAUGGGCUUAAACAAGCUCCUAGAGCAUGGUAUUCGAAGGUGGACAAGAGUUUAAACACUUUGAGACUAUUGAGAAGUGAUUUUGAACUCAUUGUUUACUACAAGAAUGAAGCAAACUCUCAACUCUAUGUUGAAAUCUACAUUGACAAUCUCUUAAUUAUAGGAUUCCCCGUAGAAGAAAUUAGAGAUUUCAAAGAAAAAAUGAAGAAUCUCUUCAAAAUGACUGACCUAGGACUCCUAUCCUCCUAUAUAGGACUUUAGAUAAGUCAAAUCAAAAGAAAGAUCUACUUGUCUCAAUGAUCUUAUGCUCAAAAUCCUCAAGGAGUAUGAUAUAGAGUAAUGCAAUAUGUCACAAUCUCCACUCAAGGUUUGACCAAGGUUUGAAUAGAACAAAGGAGAGACUAAAUUAGACUCAACCACUUAUAGAAGCUUAAUGGGCUUGUUAAGGUACCUUACCCACACCAGACCUGAUCUGCUAUUUUGUGUUAGAUUUCUUAGUCAUUUUAUGGAGAAUCCAACAUCUGAACAUUUCAAGAGUGCUAAAAGAGUACUAAGAUAUAUUAAAGGCACUCUUAAUCUCGAUUUGAAGUACAAAAGGGAAGAGAAUUUUAUACUAAAAGGGUAUAAUAACAAUGACUAUGGAGGAGACACUUAA